GGGUCACGUGGCGGGGGAGCCGGGCCCAGCCGCCGCCGCCGCCGCUCCGGGAGCGGUGUCUGUGCUUAAAUGUUUUACAUCACUGGGCUUAGACUCAACAGCAUUAGAUGAGCUGGAAGAAUCCAGGGAUUCCAAGUUUUGAGUAGCAGGCGUCUUACAAGAUUACCACACCUAAACUGAAAAGGGAGAUGCAGCUCUGAGUACCAGAUUGGUGCGUGCACCGCAUGUACAUGAAAUCGCACAUGGUUUUGUCGUCACGUAGACUUGCUCUGGCAUAUUCCUGAGAGCUUUGCAAUUGAUGAAAAUUAAUUUGAGAGCCAGAUGGAGCACCUUCGCAGCACAGGAAUCAGUAAUCCAUGCAAAGACACCUGCCAGUAAUGUUCAACUUUCCACAUGGUCUUCACGGGUGAAAAAAGUCUGCAAGAAGAGAAAGAAAAAACACCCUCUGUGCAGGAGAAGCCUAAUAAAUACCUCCACAAUCUAAAUCGAUAGCUGUGAAGGAAACAGAAGAAUCAAGAGGACAGAGGAAACUGAUUUAGUUCUAGCAGAGGAAUAAUGUAUGGUCUUCAGCACGUUUUGCUUUGGGCUCAGUAGAUUGUGAAGGGACAAUAAAUCGUGACCUUCUGCUGAGCAAUGAUGACUGGAAGUAAAUAAGUUGAGGAACUAUGGGACAAGUCUGGGCAUUGAACUGAGCAAACCUCGCCGUCCUUCUUGAGUUAACCAGGUCAUCAAACCUGCAUAUCCUUUCUCCCUCUCCUUUUUCCUCUUUUCACUUAGUGUGAUAUAAAUACUAGCUAAUUGAGCUCAUAAGUGUUAUUCAAAUAAAACGAUUGGAAUACUUCAUAUGUUUCCUUCUUGUACAGCUGCAAAUGUUGUGUCUGGAACUAUGAGUCUGUGCUGUAGACAAGCAUCAAGAAGGAAAGAUCCUGUCAAACAAGCAAGGAAAAUACCUAGAGAAAUAGUGAACCCAGGAAGUCAGAUUUUUAAUGCUGCUUCUCUUUCUUUUUUAGAUGAUUCUAUUUCUUCCUUCCUUGAAUUUUAGAAGAUUUUGAAAGAGUGCUUACUUGAUGUGCUUUAAUUCUGGCAUUUGUUUUUUAUGGUAGAAUGAAAAGUCUGUGAUUCCUUGUAGCAGAAAAAAAGGGAAAAGUAAAGGAAAAACAGCUUGACAUUGUAGCCCGUUUCACAGGAGAGAGAACUUCAUGGUUCACCUGAGGCAAACUUACCUACUUUGAAAGCUAAAAGCUUUAGAGCAUUUUUGAUUCUGCUAUAAAUGAAGAGGGGGUUCUUUUUCAUUCGUGUGUGGCAGCAAAAAGUGGGAAAGCAGGCAAGAUAGCGUGAUAAACAGUUCAGGCUGUGUUGGGUCUCUGGUGGAAAAAAAGUGCUGCGAUGAAACUUGGAUUGGCUUUGGAUUGCAAAAACUUUUGAGUCCAACGAGUGGUUCAGUACAAGAGGGAUUUCCCAACUGGCCUGGCACACCAGUGCCUGCACAAGUUCGGGUCUGUUGUUUCACACGGUUUGUGUGCCUUUUUUUCCCUUUAUGCAAUCUCUUUCAGCUUUAGCAGCAGAAAUACAUCAGAUGGAAAAGAUAUGCCAGAGGGCGGCUUGGAAAAGAGGAAUGUCGUAUAUAUACAUAUAUAUGUAUGUGCGUGUGUUUAAAUUUCUGCAACUGAACUUUUGAAGAAAAUCUGACUGGAGGAAGUUUUAAAAGCCUUAAGUUACUUGAAACCUACACAUUUGCAACUCUUUGUCUCUGGAAUUGCAUUACGCUAAACUGGAAUCUCAGGCUGAAUAAAGAUUAUAUCAAGUUGAGCAAAAAGAUGACUUAACCAUUUCUUGAGCGCCUCUUAUGAAGUAGCUGUUUCUCCAAAGGAUAAGUGCACCCCCACUCUACAGACUCAAAACAAAAAUGAACCUGAAUUUUUUUUUAAGUGUUACUUUUUCUUAGCCAACUGCCAUCAUCUUUUAUAGAGGAAUUUUUCACUAUGCAUUUGGUGGAUAUUUAUAAACACUGACCCCAUCCUCCUCCCUUUCAAUGAUCUAUCCAGGUCAGUCUUAUCAAUAAAAAAAAAAAAAAAUUGAUUUAAAUUUUGUGCACUAGACAUAUUACUUUCUUAUGUCAAAAAAUAAAAUAUUUAAAAAGCAUGUAUGCAGCAGUGGAACAUGGGCCUGUUCUUUGCAGCGAUUCCAACAUCCUCUGCCUCUCCUGGAAAGGCAGAGUCCCCAAAAGUGAGAAGGAGAAACCAGUGUGCAGGAGGCGGUACUAUGAGGAAGGCUGGCUGGCAACGGGCAAUGGCAGAGGAGUUGUAGGCGUCACUUUCACUUCCAGCCACUGCAGGAGGGACCGGAACACCCCUCAGAGAAUCAACUUCAAUUUGAGGGGCCACAACAGUGAGGUUGUGCUGGUGAGGUGGAAUGAACCAUUCCAGAAAUUGGCAACCUGUGAUGCAGAUGGAGGAAUAUUUGUUUGGAUACAAUACGAAGGCAGAUGGUCUGUGGAGCUCGUGAAUGAUCGUGGGGCACAGGUAAGCGACUUUACAUGGAGCCACGAUGGGACUCAGGCACUUAUCUCCUACAGAGAUGGAUUUGUGCUGGUCGGUUCAGUCAGUGGACAAAGACACUGGUCUUCAGAAAUAAACCUGGAGAGUCAGAUCACCUGUGGCAUAUGGACUCCAGAUGACCAACAGGUCCUGUUUGGCACUGCUGAUGGACAGGUUAUCGUCAUGGACUGCCACGGGCGCAUGCUGGCCCACGUGCUCCUUCACGAGUCAGAUGGCAUCCUCAACAUGUCCUGGAACUACCCCAGCUUCCUGGUGGAGGACAGCAGCGAGAGCGACACGGACUCCGACGACUAUUCCCCACCACAGGAUGGACCAGCUGCCUAUCCCGUCCCGGUGCAGAACACCAAGCCGCUGCUUACUGUCAGCUUCACGUCAGGAGACAUCAGUUUAAUGAACAAUUACGAUGACUUGUCUCCCACUGUCAUCCGCUCAGGGUUGAAAGAUGUGGUGGUGCAGUGGUGCACCCAGGGAGACCUGCUUGCAGUAGCAGGCAUGGAGAAGCAGAACCAGCUGGUUGACCUCAGCAAUGGCUCCCUGCUGAAAAGCGCUCUGGUCAAGUUCUACAACGUGCGUGGGGAGCACAUCUACACUCUGGAGACACCUGUGCAGCGUCCCAUCAUCUCCAUCUGUUGGGGUCACAGGGAUUCCCGCCUGCUGAUGGCCUCUGGGCCCGCGCUGUACGUUGUCCGAGUGGAGCACAGGGUCUCCAGCCUGCAGCUGCUGUGCCAGCAGACCAUCGCCAGCUGCCUGCGGGAUGACAAGGACAUCAGCAAGCUGACCCUCCCCCCUCGGCUCUGCUCGUACCUCACCACUGCCUUCAUACCAACAAUCAAGCCUCCAAUCCCAGACCCAAACAAUAUGAGAGAUUUUGUCAGCUACCCAACAGCUGGGAACGAGCGGCUGCACUGCACCAUGAAGCGGACGGAGGAUGAUCCGGAGGUCGGUGGUCCCUGUUACACUCUGUACUUGGAAUACCUUGGGGGAUUGGUGCCCAUCCUGAAAGGACGUCGGAUCAGCAAGCUGCGGCCAGAGUUUGUCAUCAUGGAUCCUAAAACAGACGGAAAAGCAGAUGAAAUCUAUGGAAACAGCUUGAUUUCCACUGUGAUUGACAGCUGCAACUGCUCUGACUCCAGCGAUAUCGAACUCAGCGAUGACUGGGCAGCAAAGAAAUCUCCAAAAAUCAGUCGAGCUAGCAAAUCACCUAAACUCCCCAGAAUCAAUAUAGAAGCUCGCAAAUCUCCAAAGAUGUCACGAGCUGCACAGGAGAUCUCGAGAUCACCAAGGUUACCAAUAAGGAAACCCUCUAUUGGUUCUCCAAGCCUGACACGAAGAGAGUUUCCUUUAGAAGAUAUUACUCAGCACAACUACCUUGCUCAGGUCACAUCUAAUAUCUGGGGAACCAAAUUUAAAAUUGUGGGUUUGGCUGCUUUCCUACCAACUAACCUUGGUGCAGUAAUAUAUAAAACCAGUUUGCUGCAUCUGCAGCCCAGGCAAAUGACAAUAUAUCUCCCAGAGGUGCGGAAGAUUUCAAUGGACUACAUUAACAUGCCUGUCUUUAAUCCAAACGUUUUCAGCGAAGACGAAGAUGAUUUACCAGUGCCCGGCGCCCCCGGCGCGCCCGCCAGCAGCCCGCCCUGCACCGUCAACAUCCCCAUCGCGCCCAUCCACAGCUCGGCGCAGGCCAUGUCGCCCACGCAGAGCAUCGGCCUGGUGCAGUCGCUGCUCGCCAACCAGAACGUGCAGCUGGACGUGCUGGCAAACCCGCCGGCCGAGGCGGGCGGCGAGGGGCCGGGGCCCUUCCCGGGGGCUCCGGGCCGCUUUCCCGGCCCCGGGGCGGGGGCGCUGGCCGUGGGCGAGCUGGGCCGCCCCGCCCCGCCGCCGCUCGCCCCGCCGCCCCCCGCGCCCCCCGCCAUCGCCCUGGCCGACCUGCGGGACCACGGCGACCGCGAGCAUGAGCCCCCGCCCAAGGCCAAGGCCCCGCGGCCGGGGCCGCCGCUGGUGGAAGGGGACGCCGUCAUCUUCGGGGCCGCUCAGGAGCUGCAGCUGAACAAGAUGAACCCGCCGCCUCCCUACCCCGGCACCAUCCCCGCCGUGCCCGCCACCCCCCUGCCGCCCCCGCCCGGGCCCCCGCAGCCGCCCCUCGAUCUCUGCCUCAAGAAGGGCGAGUUCUCCCUCUACCCGGCGGGGCACUACCAGACGCCCCUGGGCUACGAGCGGAUAACGACGUUCGACAGCAGCGGGAACGUGGAGGAGGUGUGCCGGCCUCGCACCAGGAUGCUCUGUGCCCAGAGCACCUACACCCUGCCGGGCCCCGGCAGCUCCGCCACCUUGCGCAUCACGGCUGCCGAGAAGAAGAUGCAGCAGCCCUGUGCCAGCGCCACCUUGAACCGGCUCACGGUCCCCCGUUACUCCAUCCCAGCCGGGGACCCGCCGCCCUACCCCGACAUUGCCAGCCAGCUGUCCCAGGGCAGAAGCAUGGCGCAGAGGCUGGACAGCAGUAUCAUUCAUGCUACUCUGCGGAGGAACAGCAGAGAGGCAGCCCUGAAAAUGGCUCAGCUGAUGGAUGGUCAGAGAGCCACCUUGCAACUUCCCCCUAAGGCCAAGAGCAACAUUGUGUCAGCACAGUACCAGCAGAGAGUUCCCACAGCCUUGUAUACCUGCAGCCAAUGCAGCAGUGGCAGCGCCGGCAGCAGCAGCAGUGCGAGCGCUGGUGGCGCGGGCAACAUCGCUAGUGCCAAUGCUGGUAGCAGCACUUCCAGCAUUGGUGGCAUGAGACCAGAUCUGAGCACAGGGAGUGGCUCCCAACACAGCUCUGUCAUUGCUCACUCUGUCAGUACUUCGCCUCUGGCCUCUCAGUCCUCUUACAGCUUGCUGAGCCCGCCUGACAAUUCCCGUGACCGAGCGGAUUAUAUCAACUCCGCUUUCACGGAGGAUGAGGCCCUUUCUCAGCACUGCCCAGUGGAGAAAUCAGUACGGCACGUACCUGUGUCCUUGACAGAGGCUACCCUGAGUGUAAAACGGCCGCCACCGUACCAGUGGGAUCCUAUGGUGAGCGAAGAGAUAUGGGUUCCUCAGGAAAGGACAUCUCAGAGCUCAGUGCCCAACCCUCUAAAACCUCCUCCGCUCAUCAUUGGUCAAGCUCAACAUCUGGAUAUGUCUCGAGUGCCAUUUGUUUCCCCCAAGUCUCCAACCAGUCCCACUGCCACUUUUCAGACGAGUUACGGGGUUGGAGUACCUUACCCAGGAAGCUACAGCGCCCCACCCCUUCAGGGAAUGCAGGCCCCCUGCUCCCCCAAAGAAGCUCUGGCCCCAACACAGUUUGCACAGCAGGAGCCCACAGUUGUGCUUCAGCCAGGUUAUUCAUCCAACCUCCCCUACUGCCCUUUGCCGCCCAUGUACCCGGGAAGCAGCACUUGCUCUAGUUUACAGCUGCCACCGAUCGCCUUGCACCCGUGGAGCUCCUACAGCGCCUGCCCACCUGUACAGAACCCCCAGGGCACCCUGCCCCCCAAGCCGCUCCUCGUCGUGGAGAAGCCGGUGAUGUCUCCCCCGCCAGCAGAGCUGCAGGGCCACGUGGGCACAGAGGUAAUGGUGGAGACGGCAGACACUUUCCAGGAGGUGCUCUCCUUGACAGAAAGCCCUGUUCCCCAAAGGACAGACAAAUUUGGCAAGAAGAGCCGGAAACGCCUGGACAGUCGAGCCGAGGAAGGAAAUGUGCAGGCUAUCACUGAGGGCAAGGUCAAAAAGGAGGCAAGGACACUGACUGACUUCAAUUCACUGAUAGCCAGCCCUCGGCUGGGUAGGGAGAAAAAGAAGGUCAAGAGCCAAAAAGAUCAGCUGAAGUCCAAGAAACUAAACAAGACAAAUGAGUUUCAGGACAGUUCAGAGAGUGAGCCAGAGCUUUUUAUCAGCGGAGAUGAACUGAUGAACCAGAGCCAGGGCAGUAAAAAGGGUUGGAAAACUAAAAGGAGUUUGAGGACAGCCAGUGAGCUGGAUGAAUUCAAGUGCCGGAAGGCCAGUGAGAAGGAGGAUGGGCGACUGGGAAGCCAAGGUUUUGUGUAUGUGAUGGCCAACAAGCAGCCACUGUGGAACGAGGCAACGCAAGUCUACCAGCUGGACUUCGGAGGGCGGGUGACCCAGGAGUCGGCAAAAAACUUCCAGAUUGAGCUGGAAGGACGACAGGUGAUGCAGUUUGGAAGAAUUGAUGGCAAUGCUUACAUUUUGGACUUUCAGUAUCCAUUUUCUGCAGUGCAAGCCUUUGCUGUUGCUCUGGCUAAUGUGACUCAACGCCUCAAAUGAAAAAGCAGAGACUGGAGAGAGGAAAAUGUUAACCUUCUCAUAAAGUCCAAAUGGAAAAUGUCAGGGCAGCCUGCUUUAGGUGUGCAGAGAUGCCUGGGAGUUCAGAAGGCAGUAAAACUGGAAAAGUCUCUUGGUGCCCACCAGAAGGGCAUUAACUCUAAUCAGUCAUGGGGUGGAGGGUGGGGGGCUGUUUUCUGUUUGUUUGUUUGUUUGUUAGCUUGUUUGUUUUCUGGUUUCUUCUUUUUUUCAAGCAUUGUGCUGGGUCUCAGAAAGAGCGAAGGGUUGAGAACCAUUCAGUGUUACGUGGAGAAGUGUGGCUUUUGGCUUGUUGUGGUGGUUCUGCUGUGUGUGCUACAGUAGCUGAUGUAAGCUCAUGGGGGGAUUAAAACAGACUGCUCUUUUGAUAGACUGCCUUAUCUCAUGCUAUUCUUUUUAAAACAGGGAACAUGACUUUUUUCUGGUCCAGUUUGUACUUCUACUACUAAAACAUCAGUGAUAGCAGCAAAAAAGUAAAAAAAGAAAAGAAGCUAUAAUACUUGAAGACAUAUGUUUCUUCUCUGAUACCUGCUAUUAACUGAGUGCCACAGGUUCCAAGGAGGCUUAUGUAGGUAAAUGUUUAAUUUAUAAACAGUCAUAUAUUACUCAGAAGAGAAAAAAUUGUUUCCUGUGGGUGUUUGUCAUUGUUUAGGAAUGGUUUUCUCCAAUUUAGUGUUUCUACUAAAACACUCCAAACCAUGCAGCACUUGCUCACUGCCCCCUCCCCUUUUCCCUUCCCUGAGGUAGGAUGGAGAGGAGAAUUGGAGGCACAAAAAGUAAAGAUCACAGGUAGAUAGAAGAACCAUUUACUGCAAACAGCAGUGAAAUAAGAAAACAAACAGUAACAGCAGCAAUGUUAAUAACAGUGUAGGAGAGGUGAAGGAUUCACACACGUGUGCCCACCAAGGGGAGCCUCUGCCAAUACCUGACUGUGCUGCCAUACUAUGGGACCCUUCCCAUGGCCCCAGAAACUGAUGGGAUAGAAUAGGCUCUAGGUUCUAGCUAUGUCUUCUCCUGGCUACUGCAAAAAUUAACUCUGUCCUGGCAAGAAACAGGGUUUAAAAACCUGCUGUAUCAAAGAGGUUGAUGUCUGCUUGUUUUGUGUGCUGUUCAGGGGGAUAAACAUCUUGCAGUAGUUGACAGAAGACAGAGGAGCAGUUACAAGCACUGCUUCUUUUGUUACUGGCAUAAACAUCUUUCAGUAGGUGGAAAAAAACUGGAGAGGAAAUAAUCAUGAGUGUGACUUUUUUGUUCACAUUGUUCAUCAGUAUUCUAGAAUUUGGCCUGUAGCUGGGAGAGGUACAGUGUGAUCAGAUGUACCUCUGAGGCCAUGCCUGUGCUUGCUCCUCAUUUCAGUGUGUUUACACCAUGUAAACAAAGCUUUUCAGGCAAAUAAGACCCAGUCCAUUCAGUCCUCUUAGCAAUCAGUAUCAAUCAAGUUCUACAGCAGUGCUUGAAUUUGGAAGGAGACAGAAGUGUAGCAAGUCAUUACAAAAAGAGAUUUCAUCAGGGAAGCAAAUUCGUUGCAGAAAACAACAUCAUGGCUGGCUGGAGUACAAAUGAGUUGAAAGAGAAAAGAAAAAUUGGACUGAAUCAUGUCUUUUGUCACCCACCUUGCUACUUGCUCCAGCUAAGAGCAGGAAGCCAGUGUCUACAUGGAGUGUGAUGGAGGAAAGCUUAAUACCUGUAGUAUGACUGUGCAGUUCUCUCUGAUGCACAUGUGGACAUGUUGAGCAUUUCAGAAGGUUGCUUGCACAGAAGAGUUUCUUUGUUGUCCAUGUGUUGUGCACACGUUUACUUGCUUUUUCUCUUUCCUCCUUGUCAGCAUUUUGCUCCAGAAUAUGUUUUGAUAUGGAAAUAGUUUCACCAGUAAUAUACAAACCCCCAAACUAUUCAUAUAAUUAUUUGGACAUUCGAUUACAAAACAUCACAGCAUAAUUUUGUAAAAAUUGAUCUUUUGAAGUGAAAAGAUCACUGGGAAAGAUAUGCUGGUUGAGAUGUCAACAGCUGCUUUGUCUUUCAUCCACGGUUUAUCUUCUUUACUUGAAAAAGCCCGGAUAACUCAAGAUGAAUACAUGUGCUUUUCUCCUUGUUUUUCUUGAGUCCUAGUAGUAGGGCCACUGUGUGUUGUGUCUGGUUUAUUCUAGAGGAAGAACAUUUCACAUAAGACCCUGCUGUAGUAGAAAUUGCAGUAUGCAGUGAGCUGCUAACUUCUGCUCUGCUGAGGUUUCCAGAGCUGUACAGCACAGAGGAGCAAUGCCACUAGAGGAGUUUCAGAGAGUUGCCAGGGGAGGUGAUGGGUUAGAUUGGAUAAUGCCCCACAGGGUAGGUCCAGGAAAAACCACCUAUGAGAUGGUGUCAUUGGAGGGAGGAAGGAGAACUAGGAAGGAAGGAAUGGGGCAGUAGAUACCGUGCCUGUAUUAUCCCAAAGCUUAGCAGCUUCUGCUUGUGUGUGGGAGUGGUCAGGCUCAACCUUACCCUUGGCAUCUAUCAGACUGGUGUUUUCUUUAAUUAAUUAAUUCUGCUUUCUUUAAUUGUCUGGGCUCACUUGUGUUCUUUAUCAUGUGCUUGACUUAUUCAGCUUAUUCAGUUUGAGUGCCUGUAUGUAUAAUGUGUGUGGAGCAGAGGAACUGAAAUAGAUUUGGUUCUGGUCCCUUGAAAAUCAA